AAAUGUGGCAACGUAUGCAAACAUAACAUACCGUUAAUCAGCUUCAGAGCCAUUAUGACGUGUUGCUCUCCAUUUUACUUCUCCGUCUACCAAAGAGGUGCAGCAGCAGCUGCAGUGUGUAUUAUAAACAUACCGGAGGCAUUGGGAUGAUGAAAAAUGCAGGAGGAAACGAAUGCAACGGCGGCAAAGCUUUGUUAUGGUGAAAGGGGCUGCCCUUCUUUUACAGGAAGAGGGUGAACCUGAAGACAUUGACGGGCUUCUCCAAACAUCUGGCCCCAGCGAACAGGAGCUUCAUCUACAGUCCAUGCUGAGACUACUUUGCGAGGAGGAUACUUUGAAACUGGCCGUCCGACUAGAGCCCGUCCGGUCAUGUCUAACUAGAUAUCUGGUUGUGGUUUCCUCUACGGGACAUGCUACAGAAGAACAGAUCAUUUUACUAGGUGUGGACUUUGCCCACAAUGGAUCCAAUGUUUGCACAAUUGGCACAGUUCUACCAGUGUGGAGCAAUACGCAGGUCUUUCUGGAUGGAGAUGGUGGAUUCAGUGUUACAUGUGGGAUGGACAUCAGGGCAUUCAAACCUAUAUCUGUACAAACAAUGUGGGCACUGUUGCAAAUGCUGCACAAAGCCUGUGAGGCUGCCGAGGCAAGAAACUAUAUUCCAGGUACUGCUCUAUGUCCUGGACUGAUGUAUUACCAGGAUCAUCACCGUUCACCACAGGGAUGUAUUAAUGCAUGGACAGCCACUUCAGACAUCAUGUCUACAUGGAGGGAUGCCACCACCCCUGAGAGGGAAGAAACUGAAAGAAUCAUCCGGAAAAAGCUACGAGACAUCCUGAGAGAGAGUGAUCUUGAGAAUAUAACAUCUAAACAGGUGCGCGCAGCUCUGGAGCAGCAUACUCACUGUGCUCUGCAGGAUUACACAGAGUUCAUUGAUAAUGAGAUGAUAAUGAUACUAGCUCAGAUGGACCGACCCUCAGAGAUCUUCCCCUAUCUUUAUUUGGGCUCAGAGUGGAAUGCUUCGAAUUUGGAAGAACUACAGAAAAACAAGGUCACACACAUACUAAAUGUCACUCGUGAAAUUGAUAACUUCUUUCCUGAGACAUUUACUUAUUUAAACAUCAGAGUCUUGGAUGAAGAGAGCACAAACCUGUUACAAUAUUGGAAAGAGACACACAGUUUCAUCUGCGCUGCCAGGCGUCAAGGCACCCAUGUGCUUGUGCACUGUAAGAUGGGCGUCUCUCGUUCGGCCUCCACAGUUAUAGCUUAUGCUAUGAAGGAGUAUGAGUGGACAUUUGAAGAUGCUUUGAAACAUGUAAAGGAAAGAAGGAACAUUGUGCAACCAAAUGCAGGAUUUCUGCGACAGCUUCAGACAUAUCAGGGCAUUUUAGGAGCAAGUAAGCAAAGACACAGUUAUUUGUGGGACCCAAGCUCUGCACCGCCACCCCCACAACCACCAAGUCUUCCAGAAUCUCUGUCAGGGUCUUCUGUUUUAUCACUUGCUCCUAGACAGAGGAAAAUGAACUUGCGUGCUCUUAUGAGAUCUAUCAGUGAGAUGGAGGUAACAGACACUGUACCAGAGGGGAGGAACACAUGUGAAGAUCAUUAUGAUUGUCAUCCAGGGAAGCUGGGCACUGUGUCCAAAAGUAAGGAAAGUGUGUCGGAACAGCUGGACAGUGUAUCUUCCAUAGAGGAGAUUUUAUUGGAGGAACAUGAGAGUUUUACAGCCCAGGAAGAGCGUUUACAUAAAGCAGAGCAGCAAGGUGCAGGCAUCCAAAAAGGCAGCUUAUCCACAACAGAUACAGGUUCUGCAUUUCUGGAAGAAAACCCAUCUCUGGAUGAGGUGUUCAGAUGCAGCGCUCCUUCUUCUCCAGUCCGCCAUACUACAUCAUCAUCUGCCCGAAGAAGAUCCCGACGUAAAAAGAAGCUUGUCUUCCAGUCUGUGGAACAUUCUCUAGCGGGGCAUGGUGUAAAGUCUCAAUCUGUAUCAGAGCUUCAAGGAGCCGCACUUGUAAGCAAGCACCUGCAGGAGGCAGAACACCAUACCCGCAAAGCCAGGAUCACUCGACAGAAUAACGUGGGAGAAACACCGGAGGAACCUAAAUAGUCCUUUUAGCUUUUGCUUUUGGCCAGGAUAUGUUGAAAGAACAUAACUAGGGAGAUUAUUUUUGUAAAAUUAUUAUUUUUAGUAUAAUUCUUAUUAUCCUUAUUGCACAGCGUUGCCACAUUUGAUACAACUUUAGCUUUAAAAUGCGAAAGUCUCAGGGACAGCAUCACUAUACUUUGUCAUACUUAUUAACAUUAAUAAGAGCUUAUGUCAUUUUAGACUGUCUGUCCAGUGCUGACUCUCAGGGCAGAUGCAGCUGUAUCCUGUAUGCCUCUUGCUUCAGUGAGUGUUCUGUAAACUUUUCACAAGCUGAAAAUAGGGUUUCUCUCAAGGAUACACAUAGACAACUUGUUUUUUAUUAAUAUAUAUAAUUUUUUUUUCUAAAAUUUUACAACCUCCCUGCAAUUUCCAGAUUGUUGGUUUCUAAAUUUGCCAAUACACUGAAUGUAACCACAUGUUGCUCCUUGAUUAUAAUAUGAUAUGACAUUUGACAUAUGAAGUUUUUUUGUUCUUUAUGGGGGAGACUUAUCAAAACCAGUGCAGAGAAAAAGCUGACCAGUUGCCCAUAGCAACCAAUCACAUUUCUUCUUUCAUUUUUGAAAAAGGCCUCUGCAAAAUGAAAGAAGCAAACUGAUUUGUUGCUAUGGUCAACUCAGCAACUUUUCCUCUGCACAGGUUUUGAUAAAUCUCCCCCUAUAUGUAUCUGUCUGCUGCUGUGACCACCACAUCAUGUGACGACUGUAAUCCUUAUUAUAUUGGAUCACCAGAGUGGACGUCAUGCCAUGAGGACGUGCUCACGGACCUCCCUCCUGCGGGGCAUGGUUCCUGCUGGUAGCGGCAGGUGUAAGCUAAGCUGAGGUACCUUGGAAUCCAACUGAUAUGGGGGAAAUGGAGCUGACAGGCAGGUCACAGGUGGCCAAGUGGGUUAUAUAGAGGAAGAUGCGAAUCGGAGAGAGAGAGAUGGAGAGACAGGAUUACUGAACGGCACAGGGCAGAAGGUGUGGUGCCCAUUAAGAGGAGGAACACCAGUGUGAAUACCUGAUUAAUCCCCCUGCUAAGACAGGAAUGGUGCGAUCCAGGAAUGUAAAAUUGUAUGGUGGAGUUAGCUGAUCAAGUGACCCACAGCACAGACAUGGAAGCCAGAGACCAGACGCUGGCAUGCCCAGCGCUGGG